CAAACCGAUGUCGACCAAUAACUGAAACGAAUAGAAUAAGAUGCGACAACAACAAAAGAAAAGAACCAUACGCGAGACCAUGGCGCUUUCGCUGCGUUCUCCUACGCAUCAUCAGAAAAAGAGUGUCGUGUGGUGGAACCAUGUCGUUCGAUGCUGUGUGGGAGCACGACGAUGCGCCGCCACCAGCUUGCCUCGCAUCAUUCUCUUUGCCAUUUUUCUGCACGUCUUUUUCACAGCCUUGUUGGUAGCCCGACUCGGUGACAUGAAUGAUCUACGAAAUCGACCGUACAUCCCCUAUCGCGAAAAGGAUCCGGAACGUGUGGAAAUUCCUCGUAUCAAGGCGCGUGGUCAUCGGCGGGCUUACAAUAAUAAUCAGCAAGAGUCCGUUCCUUCGUCGUCAUCAGCACUGCGAAAAACCGCCACACUUAGCCACGAACAAGGAGAUCCGAGUCUCUCGACUUUCAACGAUCCUCUCUUGACCGAAGUCGAUGACUUGUACGUGGAACACUUGCAGAAUAUUAGUCAGCACAUUCAGCACAAACUGAACGGUGCCACCAAGGUCAUGUCCUGUCGAUGGCGCAACAAUCCAAACGACCUGUACGCCAAGCAAGAUUGUCACUAUCACAUGACGCAACAACAACAACGAUUCCAAGGACAUCGAGGACGAGUCGUUCUAUUCAAUCCACUCGAACAAGAACGAGUGCUCUGCGAUGGAAGUCGCAUUGCCCCCGCCAGUAUCCGCGUCAUUGGGCGGCACGAUCUCAACUGUUCCGAUCCACCACGAUUGUAUCCCAUCGUCCCGACCAUGGAGGCCAUGGCCGACAUGGAACCCAUGGAAGUGCGAUUCCGACCCGUCGGACGAGCUCAGAUGAAACAGUUUCCCUGUGAUGUUCCCUGUAUCAGUGACGACAAUCCAGGCGUCGUCAUGACAAGAUUCGUACGAACAACACCCUUUGCGGUCGAGUUUUCCAUGGAGGGGCCGCAGUACUACCAGCAACUGCGAAUCAAUCCAAAAGCACAUCGAUACCACAAAUACUACUCGACAACUUCCUUAAAGUCUGAAGUGCCAUUGCCGUACUUUAGUUGGAAAGAAUAUGGAAACAGCAUUCAAGGCACCUCUGUCCAGUACGAUCAAGCCAUCAAGGGAGCGGUCUUUUUGGCGCGAAACUGCAAUAGCCGAAACAAUCGAGAGGCGCUUGUCAAAGCAUUGAUCGAGUCCGAGUUUCGGGUCGACUCUGUCUCGUCGUGUUUGAAAAACAGCGACCCUCCCGAUGGACUCACGGAAAAGGUGGACAUUAUGGGACGAUACUUGUUUGCGCUCGCAUUCGAGAAUCAAUGCGAAGAUGAUUACGUUUCUGAAAAGCUAUGGGGGACACUUCAGUCAGGAUCAGUCCCAAUUUACUACGGUGCUCCGAACGUGGGCGAACAUGUCCCGCCUCAUUCCGUCAUCAAUGCCAACGCCUUCAAUUCGUCCGAUGCGCUUGCAGAGUAUUUGCACGAGGUAGCCAACAACAAAACACUUUACGAAUCCUAUCACGCAUGGAGGACACAACCACUUCCGGAAGCCUUUGUGCGAAAAUUCAACUUUACCCAUUCACAUUCGACUUGUAGAACCUGCAGGUGGGCAUUUGCCAAGAAGUAUGGGCUUGGUUGGAACCACCAAGCUCAGAUGGUCGAGCAACUGUACAUUCAGAGAAAAACAUGCCACGAUGAUCAGGGGAUGCUCACCCAUCCCUUUCACGAAACAUGGCUGCGCGGAGGUGACAAACGUGUGCUGCUAAAAUCGAACAACGGAAAACAAUCCACAUGCCACUUUGGCUUGACCAGUUUCACGACAAACAUCCUAAUGGACACCCUCAAUUUGCGUCGCACUGUUCGUUCCCAAGACGGCGUGACGGAUAUCCUUCUGGAAAGCAUACACAACAAUCCACAAUCGCGUCAAGAUGCCUUGUCGUCUGACAGCAGCAUUAUUCUGAGGAUGAGCACCAGAAUUUCCACGGAUCUUGGAUCCAAAGGUGCUCUAACGACGCUGUCGGAACGCCACUAUCGCUUCCAGGACGAUACAAGUAGAAUCACUAUCCUGACCUCACGGGACACGAACAUUUCCAUUCAGGGAGAAGGAAUCUUGGACGUCCAAAUCCCGCACGUCGAUGACAUCAUUGAAAUUCGUACAAUAGUGGAGAACAUCGAUACAUCAUACAAUGACACGAGCAAUCGCACGAACUACUUUGGGCAAGUCAUGACGGAAGAUUUUCUGAAUCCACUGGAGAAGUUUGUUGUUUGGGGAAGUCCCCCAAACCUUUCUGAAUGGGUAGGGCACGAGUUGACCGACGUCGGUAUCAUUAGUGCAGCAGAUGACGACGACGCUACGCCCGACGACGAUGAAGCUAAGAACGAAAGAGAUUUUCACGAAGAAAGCAUAAAACUGGAGGUCCAAGCUUUGAAAGCUCAGUUGGCCCUGACGAAAAAUAGCGAAAGGAAGCAAGAAGACAACAAGAAGGUAUUAUCGGGAAUAAAGAAUCUGAUCGCUUCUGGCGUCAUAAAGGUUCACGAUGUUGGCGAGGAUGAAACGCCAGAGUCGGAGUUUAAUAAGCACUUAUCUCGAUUGAAAGCAGACUCGAGGCUCCAUGAUCACGACGGCACGAGAUCGAAGAAAGAGAAACGACUGCCGCGUGAAAGCUUGACCCCAAAGCAAGAGAUGAUGGCCCAAGUUCGACAAAGAUUCAAGGAUCGGCAGCAGGAAGCCCCCCUCCAAUUUGCUCUACCUAGGAUGCGGGAAGCAUACGAGGCACAUCUGCAACAGCAACGGCAACUGGAGCUGGAACAGCAACAGCAACUGGAACAGCAACACGACCUGUUGUAGGCUCUCAUGGCACAAAGUCAAGAUUACUUCACGCCCGGGGUUCUGAGAUUUCAGCGGGAAGGCCGCUGCUGAAGCUCAGCUCAUUCACACGCACUGCAUAAACCAGCUGUAUUCACGAUCAAUCUACACUGUUCCACUCUAAUUUCAUAUCAUCCUGUUUCCAUUUUAUUAAGGAAUAACGAUAUUCUACAUACU